AUGGAAUCUUUCGAAGAACCCCGUAGCCAGCCCCAGGCUUUCAACUAUCCAUCCAUCAGGUCAUCAGAAGUCGAACAGAAUAACUCACAACCAGCUACAGCAAGUCAGCCUUCUCUCCCCCAAGAAAGCCUACAAAAAGCAGCUCAUGAAUUCGACCAGAAAGCUUUUCAUCCCGCUUUCUACAACAUGAAGCACGACCCACAAGGUUCUCUCGCCGCAAUGGCAUCAAACUACCACAACCCCUCAUUCUUCCAAGCCUGCAUGAAUUCAUACUACAGCCCAGCCGGACUGAUGCCCGCUCCCGGUCAGUUGGAACAGUGGAACUUCCACGAGCAAUUUCAAAUUCCAGCUUUUCAUCCGAACGUAGGUCUUCAUUCCUCAAACAAAGCUUCGUCAUCGAAAGAACACGCUGAGCCGUACAAAAGUCUUUCAAGUUCAGACUCGGAAGAAGCAAAAUCAGCAAAGAUGACAACUUCUCUAACCUCGAGUCACCUGAAAUCCGUGGAAGAACUCGUGAAGAAGUCAACUUCAACUCGGCAGCAUCCGCUCGACGUCAUUGACGAUGCUCCCCACGGCAAAGGCCUUUCAAAAGCAGAUCUCGCCUCUACUGCGAGGAAAAAGCGGCGUCCUUAUACAAAACAGCAGAUAUCGGAGCUGGAGAAAGAAUACAUGUCCUCGACUUAUAUCGCCAGAGAAAAACGGCAAGAGCUUGGAGAUCGGCUAAACUUGUCGGAUAGGCAAGUAAAAGUUUGGUUUCAAAAUCGAAGAAUGAAAGAAAAGAAGCUCCAACGAAUGGUCCAAAGAGGCCAGAGUAACUUUUUUACGCAACAACCGACGAUGAUGAAUGCACCGAUGGAUACGUACUACUGA